GGGAGGCGGGGCCGCGCACGCGUAGUGCGAGGGCCCUGGAGGGCGGAGUCCAGGAGGGUGCCGGCCUAGGGAGGGGGCGCGGCGUCGGUGAAGUCCGGCGCUCCCGCAGGCCGAGGAGGCGAUGCUGGCUGCUGCGGGGCAGGCGGCUGGACAGACCGGGAUGUGACGGAACUGCCUCUCGCCUCUCUCCCAUCCUCGGGCGGGCAGGUCGCUGGGCGACCGGCAGCCGGGCCGCGGCCGAGGAGGCAACGCGACCUCCGCACGAUUCUGUCAAGUUUUAAGAACCAAUGCACCUUAUAGCCCAUGGAAGAAAAAACACAAAUCAAGACAUUUUUGGGUUCCAAGCUGCCGAAAUAUGGAAUGAAAUCUGUGAGAAGUACAUUGCAGCCGAUGCCAAAUGGCGCCACUGUGACUUUAUUAGGGACCUCCAAGAGUAGUAAUGUCAAAAGUUACAUAAAAAAUAAUGGCUCUGAUUGUUCAUUGUCCCAUUCAUUUAAUUGGAGAAAAACAAAUAAAUAUCAACUUGGUUCACAAAAUACAGCAGAACUUAAUAAUAUUCAAAGUACACAUGAUAAACUAAUUGAGCCUGAACAACAUGCACCUGCUCCAGGAACGCUGGAUGGGCAUGGGAUAAAGGGAGGUUUGAAAAGUGCUUCCUUGUUCACAUCCAAGUUAGCAAGACCAUCAACCAUGUUUGUGUCAUCGGCAGAGGAGUUAAGUCAAAAAUCUUUCUCUGGACCAUCUAAUUUGGGUAAAUUUACCAAAGGCACAUUACUAGGAAGGACUUCAUAUUCUUCGGUCAAUGCGAAGUCACAUUUGAAUGCGUUUUAUGGGAACAGAUCUUCUGGUAACGUGCAGAAGCCAAGAGUGAACUCCUGUGCCAGCAGAAGUAGUUCUGGAGAAAGCUUAGCACAGUCCCCAGACAAUGCUAAAUCUAUCACUUGUGAAAAAAUGGUAAGGUCACAAAGUUUUUCACAUUCCAUUCAGAAUGUCUUCCUUCCACCUUCAUCUAUAACCAGAUCGCAUUCCUUCAACAGAGCUGUAGACCUUACAAAGCCUUAUCAGAACCAACAGCUCCCCGUUCGAGUGCCUCUCCGGUCAGGUAUGCUAACAAGAAGUUCUCUGCAGUCAGAAGUACUCAAUGGGAACGAACAUGUGGGGUUUGGUUUUAAUAGGCCUUAUGCUGCUGCUGGAAAGAAACUGGCCUUAUCCAAUGGCCCCGCUGUCUCGUCCACGUUGGUUUAUAGGAUGGCUCAUCCCCCUCUACUGAAAUCUAGCCGACCUCCAUUUUCUGGGCCCAUGACAGUUGACAGUAAUAAAAACCCACCUGCUGACAUGUGCGUAGAGGAAGAAGGUAUGGUUUCAGCCCAGGACAGCUCUCCGGGUAAGGACCAAGAACUAAUUGAAAAUGAAAGUUACCGAAGAGACAAUGACCAGACUGGGAAGAACGAGUCUAAAGUUAGGUACCUGAGCGAUGACGUGGAUGAUAUUUCCUUGUCGUCCUUGUCGUCUUCCGACAAGAAUGAUUUAAGUGAAGAUUUCAGCGAUGAUUUCAUAGACUUAGAGGACUCCAACAGAACUAGAAUAACGCCAGAGGAAAUGACUCUCAAAGAAGAAAAGCAUGAGAGCAGACCAUCAAAGGAUAUAUUUGAUUCUCCUAAGGAAAGUGAGCAGGCCUUCAGUAAAGCUGAAGAGUGGAUAGAUAUAAGUGUCUCUGACAGGAGUGAAUGUACAAAGCAUACAUCUGGAAACAACUUGAUUUCACCGGAUACGGAUUACAGAGCUGGGUCUUCAUUUGAACUCUCUCCGUCCGAUAGCUCUGAUGGAACGUACAUGUGGGAUGAAGAGGGCCUGGAGCCCAUUGGGAGUGUCCAUCCUGUUGGCAGCUAUGAGUCCUCUGAAAUGAACAGCAUAGAUAUUCUGAAUAACCUUGAGUCGUGUGACCUUGAGGAUGAUGACCUUAUGUUGGAUGUGGAUUUGCCGGAGGACGCACCUCUUGAAAAUGUGGAGUGUGACAAUAUGAACCGCUUUGACCGAACAGACAGAAAUGUACGACAGUCGCAGGACGGAUUUUGGAAAAGGCCACCCCAGAGGUGGAGUGGACAGGACCAUUACCACCUCAGCCACCCUGGUCACUAUCAUCACCAUGGACAAAGUGACUUGAGCAGAGGCUCUCCUUAUAGAGAAUCUCCUUUGGGUCAUUUUGAAAGCUAUGGAGGGACCCCCUUUUUCCAGGCUCAGAAGAUGUUUGUAGAUGUGCCCGACAACACAGUGAUCCUGGAUGAGAUGACCCUCCGGCACAUGGUCCAGGAUUGCACAGCUGUGAAAACGCAGUUACUGAAACUCAAGCGUCUGUUACACCAGCAUGACGGAAGUGGAUCAUUGCAUGAUGUUCAGCUCUCAUUGCCAUCCAGUCCAGAGCCAGAAGACGGUGAUCAGAUAUAUAAGAAUGAAGAUUUACUAAAUGAAAUAACACAACUUAAAGAGGAAAUAAAGAAAAAAGAUGAAAAAAUCCAACUAUUAGAGCAGCAGCUUGCAACUCGAUGUAACUGUCAGCAGAAAUCUAAAGAGGAAAAGUGUACAUAUGCUGAUAAAUAUACCCAGACACCCUGGAGACGGAUUCCUGGUGGGUAUUGUGCACCCUCCUUCUCUCCUUGGCAGGGCUCCUUCCAGGGGAUGCCACGGACUGUACCGCCGCACCGCAGACAGAGUGAGUCUGUGUCUCUCACUCCCAUCCUGCUCUGGCUUCCCCUCCAUGGAGUUGAGAAGUUAGUCCAUUACUUCUCUGACAAAGCGUGCCUCAAGUACUACAGCCUUCCAGCAGCCUUCCCAGAUCUACAGACCACGCCCAGGGAAAACUAAUAAAGCCACAACGUACCGAGGCCCACAGUGACUACACAGUUCAAGGCGUGUGUCCGGGUGGUGCGCAUCCAGAUGGAAGCUGUACACAUGGCUUGCAACAGGACAACAGCCGUGGUUUGCAAGAGCGUCCUUCUUCGUCAAGCCCGCAGUUGACAGUGGAUGUGGUGAAGUACAUACCUUCUGAAACGGACCUGAGCAUGACUCUGGAUGCUCAAGAGCCUCAUCAUUUGGCAGAGAAAAAACCUAGUGACUUGCAGUUUGUAACUCCUCCUCCUCAGACCCCUUCCCAGUCAAGUACAGUGGACCAGACUAAGAGGGGUGGAAGAAACCAAUGUCCUCAGCCCAAGUCCUUGCAGCUUUUAAAGCCAUCCAACUUGAGUUCUUUGACACCUCCUCCAGAUUCUGACUCCUCACCAAGUAGAACUUCCACAUGUAAGAAGGCACCAGGAAUCACACCAUGCCAUUCAAAACAUCAGCCAACAUCGAAUCAAAACAAUCCUGCAAAUCAUUUGAAUCUGAAAACGUCUAAACUCCGUCCCCCUUCUGGCUCUUUCAAGCAAAAACAAAUAAGUAACCCCCAAGUAGAGCCUCAGAACUUCCAGGCCAAGACAAGCAUCCCAAGGCCAUUAGCACGGCCAAAAGAGCUGCAUGCUCCACACAGCGGUUUGCAUUCUGGGGAUUGUGUGGCCUCUAAUCGAUAUUCUCGUCUUCCUAAACCAAAGAUACAUUAAGUGCAUAGCCAUCACCUGCCAAUUUGUUUUUUGAAAACAGUCUGCUCUCUAAUAGCUUUAUGUGCAGCUUAUUACUAUGUUGGAGGUUCCAUUUCAGCAAAUCUUAAAAUUAAAAUGCAGAAGCUUCUAUUAGUUUGGUUCUUCCAUUUUGUAUCCUGGCUGAAUUACAUACCAUUUGCACAUACUUGUCUCAGGUAAACACAAGUUUACUUAUCCAUCUCAGAGGCCCAAGUCCCUCCUCAUGCUAUCCAGCCUUCUCUCUACAUACCAGAAAAGUCAAAAUAUUCCAUGUAUCAGGCAGGAUGUGUACUUGGCUGAUGUAGUCCUGUUGUGGUUAUCAGAAUCUCACCCCGAUGCUUAUUCUUCUUGUGAGUAUGGCUGCUAUUUUAACUAAAGAUUCAAAGUGACGGUGGAAGGUAGCUGUCUGUAAGCAGGGUUCUGGCCAGGUUUUGUGUAUUUAGGAAGUCUAUGCAAAAGGUCCCCAGUGAGGAAAGACCAGGCUUUUAGUGGGGGAGUCCUUAGUAGUUUCAUCUCUCCUUUCUAGGAUCAGUAAUCUAGUCCUACUGCUUCUCCAUUUAUCAGACAAAUUCCCAUGCUGACAGUUGUCAUAUUUUAUGUAAACCAGUUAUAUGUUGCUGUAACAUCUUGUUUUACGUACACAUUUACUCUUUGCUUAUAUUGCUACUGGGUAGAUUUGGAGAGCUGGAGAUGCCUAUGGCAUAUCAGUUGUAAACUCUGUUGGUGCUAGAGUUUUGUGCUGGUAAUUGAGUUUUGAAUCUUAUUAACUUAUGGAUCCAUCAUACUUUCAAGUUUCCAUAACAUACAUUGGAAAUUUAAAAUUAUAAUAAUAUUUGUAUUUAUUGACUUUUUCCUAGUGUCUGAAGACUAGAAUAAUGGACUUGAAAUAUUUGCACAAAAUUUUGAUGAGAUAUAAAAGAGGGUUUUAAAGCUUAUUUUCUAUAAAAAAUGAGUUAAAACACUUUAAGAGAAAUAUAUAAAUUUAAGACUAUCAUAAGUCACUUUUUGGGUUUCCUAAGUUUCUCUUUUCUGUUGGUGGAAGGUUGAAUGACAGUUUCUUGAAAAGUAGAUUUGGGGGAAAUUAAGUUGUAGGUAGGAAAGAAUACUUUCUUAAGAGAGAUUGCUCCAGAUGUCCUAUGGAAGGUAGCUGUGGGUUAAGAGAGAUUGUUCUAGAUGUGGCUGUGGGCCUCCAAGUGACCAUGUACAGGAACCCAGCUGGGCUUCUGGCAACUUCACAAGCAGUUGAGUGAAUUUACCUCAUGUUUGCCCAAAUCAUGCCAUCUUUAGGCUGGUCAUAAUUUGUUUAAUUCAUAGUAAGAUUUCUCAGAAAGAUAACCUUACAAGAUCAGUAUCUGAUUAGCUGACCAAAAAUGCAUCAAAAGGAAUUAUGGCCAAAAAAAUUAAAUGUCUAUGGCUUCCUUUUUAAAUGUAUCUAGGUUACAAAGAGAAACGUGGUAUCAAGUGCAUUAGUGCAAAGUUACAAAGUCACAUUUGCUGCGGUUUGGGGGGGCGGCAGUCUUCCCUUAAAUGUCAGAACCCCUCAUGUGGAUUUGUCUUUUGGAGAGGCAGACCUUUUUCCAGUUUGGGAACAGACGAGCAUAGUCUCACACCACAGCACGUUAGUCAGAGGAAGCUCAGGACAGGCUGUGCAUGGGUUAGACGGUACUGGGUCAUUGCUGCUGUGGCAAAAGCACUUAUUCUUCCUUCAUGACAGUGAGCCAGGUUGGCUACAGGGGUAUAUGCUUUCUCCUUACGGAGAAUGAAAACGAAUCUCAUGUAUCGCACAUCAGCUACAAUCAUACUCUAUGCCCUGCAAUAGAACAUACUAAUUAAUGUAUUAGGGUUUUGUUUUUUUAAUUAGAGACUUUUAUAGACUUUAUGGAAUACUUCUACAAAUUGGUUUAUCCUUGAAGGAAAGUUUUUUAAAAUUUAUUUAUAACCCACUUGUCUGAGGGAAAUGUCUUUGUUGUCUGUUUUGUUACAGUGUUGACUCCAAUAAUUUCUUUAUUCUAAUCUUUGGCCUACUUUAAUUUUUUCUCCCUGAUAAAUUUGUAGAAAUAUUUAUCCAGCAGUUCACCCUCUCUAUACCUUUGUUGGGCCUUAGUCUUAAUAGAAGAUAGACAGUCUUAUCAAUAUAUUUUGUUCUCCUUGAGAUAAGAGCCUCACACAAUGCCAGGCUGGUCUCUAAUAAUUCACUGUGUAGCCAAAGAUAGCCAAAGGAAUUUUGAUCUCCUGCCUCCUUCUCCCGAAUGCUGAGAUUACAGGCGUGCACCACCACACCUGGUUUUGUGUGGCACUGGAGACAGAAUCUAGGGCUCAGUGUGUGCUCUGCAAGCACUCUACCAAGUGAGCUACACUCCCAGCCCUCAUGAGUAUGCCUUUGCAGCAUACUGUGUGCUUCAAAUACACUACCCAGAGAAAAUAUCUAGGAUGCAUUCACAAAUAACAUAGACCAUUGGCCUGCAGUUUUCUGGAAAAGCUGCAAGGAUAUCACCUUGUCUGCUCCUAGUAAUAGUAAGCAGUCCAAAUGAGGGCCCAGCACUGCUGAAUAAGCAGAGGUCAUGUUCUCCACGUGGCUCAUUCUCUUGCUUGCGUGUGUAAAUCACAUCAACUCACUACCAACUGUCCUCUGUGGGAACGUAGUUCACUCACCCUGUUCUGUCAGGGAAGACAGUGGGAGUAGGUGAAGUCUACGUCCCAAGGGUGAGGUUGGUUAAUUUUCACAUGUAUGAAAGAGAAACCAAUACACAGAAUUAUUUACUUAGCUCUUUAACAGGAUGUAUUAAAAAAAAAAAGGCUGUUUUUUUGAGCUAGAGUUUUGCUUGGUGUAAGAUCUUCAUUGGCAUAGGUAUGGGUGAUUGCAAGACAUCCAACAAAGGACUAUAGAGUUGUAUUAUUUGGAAGAUUUCUAAACACUGAGACUUAUCUACCUGUUAUUUUUCUUUUGGGUCUCAUUUUUUAUUCGUGCAGUAUUUUCAGGCACAUCGACUACUGCUCACUAUAUUUAUAUAGAUGUUAGGGAACUUUCUAAGCAUUUUAGUAAGUAAAAAUCUGAGUAUGAAAGAAAAUAUCAGAUACGCACUUUAAAUGAGCUUAAUUGCUUGGAGUCGUGCCUGAAAUAUCAAGGUGCCUCCUCUGGGUGUGGCUUUUGUUUAGUAAAAUGAAUUUCUCUGCAGUUGUUGCUGUUUGAAGGUAGCUGUACAGCUUUUCACAGAACUGUAUCCCAGCAUGCCACUUUGCCCAUGAUCGCACUAAAUUUUCCUUGAAUGUCCAUCAUGCCUUUAAAUAUUUUACUCAGUGUAUCAAGACAACUUGAGCCUGGUAAUGUCACUUCUGAGGUUCCGUGCCAUAGAUGGUGUUCCAGAUGCAGGGGGCUUCCUGGCUUUCCACCAGAGUGGUCCUACCGGUUUCCUGAGGUUGCACUUUGGGGUCCAGUCAGACUGCAGCCCCAUCUCCACUCUCUCCAUCCUCCACAGUAGCUUCCAUGUUGCUGAGUUAGCUUGGGCAAUUACGUUUGCAUGCAUGUGCACACAGUUGAAAAUGAAGUCUAGCCGUAAUAUAAACACAUGGGAUUUGCCUUGGAGAUGAUCACCUGCUCUUUUCCUCAUUCGAAUGCUUGAGUUCUGUUUUCUGUUGGUCUUUCCACAGGUCCCUUUAACUUUCUGCUGCAGCAAUUUGAGAGGAUGUAUUUGAACAAAUGAUUAUGAGGUUCCUCUAAUUAUGUAAUUGAUUAAAGAUUGUGUCUUCACCUUGUUGAAUAAAAGCUGCCCCUUUCUUCCUGGUAGAGCAUUGCCACGAUGAGCCAGGCUGGCCUUGAGAAUCUGGUCAUGGCCGACUAAAACCAGAAACAGUAUCUGUAGUGUUCUCCCCCCAUUGAUUGUACAAUCCAGUUCAGAGUACAUAAUGUAUAUUAGAAUUUGCUUGUAAAAUGAAUUAUGGAAACCGGAUGUAAAGUCUCUUUCCUGAAAGUGUUGGCUUAGUAAAUAAAAAAUAAAGUUCAUAAUUAUAAAAGUG